AAGCAAGAAGAACACCACGACUGACCUGCAGGUCGAGGUGAUCUCUCAUACGGACCGUGAUGAGGCAGGCUGUUGGAUCUUAGGUGCGUCCUGGUUGGCUGAACGAGUCGAGAUGAGCGCAUUCACAGAGCUCAGGAGACGCACGAGUAAAAAGGAGCAUGGGGCCGGGGAUGUGCCCAUUGCCUUGCUGCUUGGCGACCCCGAGGCGCGCGCUCGGCUGCGAAGGCAUCUGGGCGGUUCCCAGGAGGCCGUAGAGUUGGGUGCAGUGGCCGCCUCACAGCUUCCCGGGCUGAUCAUCGUCGAACCUGCCGAUCUGAUGGGUGUCACCGAGAUCACGGAGCUCGCGACCUUUCUUCGAGGACUUCAGACAGCUCACGGGCUGAUCCUCUGUGCAGACGGCGGACCGCCUGAGCAGCUCGGGUUGCUGGCAAGUUUCUACGGUGUCAGUGAAACUGCUCUGGGAAGCUUCGCCGUUCUCUGUGGGCCCGGACCACUCGCUUCUCUCAGGCAAGCAUUGAACCACUUCGUGGACACCGACUCGUUGCCUGCUUUCGACGCCGAGGAUCCGCAGUUUGCCGAGCAGCUCAUCCGGCUACUCCACCAACGCCAGCCGCGAGAUUGCGAGCCCUUGCGCUGUGACAACGAGCUGCUGGCACAGUACCGCAGCAUUCGCCAACAGUUGGGCACAAGAUCACUACCGGAAAGGCGAUCUGCAGACUUGGCACGAUGCUCAUCAGAUCCAUCGCCGUCGUCGUCCAACUCGCAGGACCCCGCUCGCAGCUGGACAGUGCUGGUCUUUGGCAAGACCGGCGCGGGCAAAAGCCAUCUGGGCAACUUGAUCCUAGGCCGCGAGGUGUUCGCCUCGGGUGACUCGCUCGCCUCCGUGACUUCGACCGAGUCGGUUCGCAAAGCGACAUCCCAGGACGGUCGCCUCACCGUGCUUGACACCAUCGGGUUCGGUGACACGCGUCUUCCACCAGAGGUGGUCGUACGAAGCUUGCGGGACACUGCUUUGGAGGAGCCGAAGCCGAAAGACGGAGUCAAGGCGGCUAAGCCAGCUGAAAAGAAAGAUGUGAAGAAAACCAUAGACAAGAAGGAUGCCAAGGAUGGCAAAGCCAAGGAGGAGAAGCCAAAGGCCAAAAUAGACGACAAGUCUAAGGCAAAGGCCGACAAGCCAAAGCCCAAGGACGAGAAGUCCAAGGCGAAGGCUGACGAGAAGCCCAAGACCAAGGCCAAGGUCGACGACAAGUCGAAGCCCAAAACGGAGGACAAGUCCAAGGCCAAGGCUGAUGAGAAGUCGAAGCCGAAGACUGACGAGAAGUCGAAGGCCAAAGACAGCAAGGCCAAGGGAAAUCUUUGGAGAGCCAAGAAGGCUCCUGCUGCAGCGGCUGCGGCGGAGGCCAGCGAGCGAAAGGCAGCAGCAGCGACUGCUGCGGCUACAGACGAGAUCGAAGAGACCGCGCCCGAGCCGGAGGAGGACCUGCGGGGCCCGAGCUCUCGGCACCCAGUGCCCGGCGUAGUUACCAAUGCUUCGAACGAAGCGUCAACGCAGGCUUUGGAUGUGGAUGAGAGCGAGGAUCACGGCCCACCACAGAAAGCCGCGAAGCCGCUCGGAAUGAGAAGAGGAGACGUUCAGGUGGACCGGAGCCAGAGCCACGAUCCAGGCCGUGUCCGAGAACUGACUGAGAGCGAGUGCAGGGAACGCUUUCUUCAGAGCAGGGGGCGAGGCAAGAAGAAGAAGGGCAAGACCAGCUACAGCUAUGAGGAGGAUUCUGGGAGCUCUGACGCUUCGGCGGCGCGGCGGAAGAAGCGCCGUGCGAAUGCCGGGCUAAAGCCGGCCUCAGGCUUCGGGCUCGCGCCGCCCCCGGCAGCUGAGGCUCCCAUGUCGGCUUUUAGCUCGGCCCCCACCCCCAUGGCCGUCCUACCGGCACCUGUGGCGGGGCUUCUCACGAGCGAUGUCGCCACCGACCUCCAGCGCAUGCGCAUGGCGGUCGAGGCUGCAACAGGCAAGACGAUGGAGCCAAGGCUCAAGCUCGACCAGCGAGAGGAAGAGCGAGAGCAGAAGCUGAGCAUGGCGGAGGAUCUGAGAGACGCCUUGCUGGAUCCUUCAAACAUGAAGCAGCUGCUGACGAGAACAAGCCUUCUGUCGGUGACGCAAGCCGAGGAUGGCAAGAUCUUUCUACGCGCGCCGUCAAAGCAGUCAAUGAAGGACGCAAUGUCGGUGCUGGCAAGAGUGGCGCAUCACUGUGCCUGGGGCUGCAACAUGACCAAGGCUGCGCAGAGGGCUCGAGAGAAGCCGGAGAAGGCGAUCCACACGGUCGUCAUCCGGCUAGCUGCUACUUCAAGCCGGAUGCAGACUCAGGAGGGCCGCGUGAACCCUCGCAGCGACAAGCUCCGAAUCGGCACAGAUGCGCGUCAGUGCCAGGUCGUUGUGGAGGCCAUUGCGGGCAUCAGCCGGAAGCACGCGACCAUCUCCUUUGAGCAGGAUAAGGGUGCCUGCCACACACCCAUUCCUUCUUUCAUCCAGUUUCUCACAACAGUUUCUGCGGUUCAGCAUCACCCACUUUGUGCAGUCAGUCAAUUUGCAAGCGUGCGACUCACAGCACAUGCGUUGCUUCCAGCCGGAUGGCUGAUUCUUGCCAUGGGCUGCUCCUGCUGCAAGAGCAAGAAGCCUGGGGCAGCGGCGCCGACGGUGCCGCCAGUAGUGAUAGAAGAGUUCCUCGAGGAGGCAAAGCCUGAGGACCCACCGUCAAGGCCGCAGGAGCCAGAGUUCAGGAUCGGCCUGGGCUCGCUCUUUCCGAACUUCGACUGUCGAACAACACAGGGUGACUUUCGCUUUUAUGAAUUUCUGGAAAAGCAAGCAGAGCAUGGCUUCACCAUGCUUUUCUCGCAUCCCAAGGACUUCACCCCAGUUUGCACCACAGAGAUUGGUGCAUGCCAAGUGCUGGCGAAGGACUUCCAGCGACGUGGGGUGCAGCUGAUCGGCCUGAGUUGCGACUCCGUGGAGCAGCACCGGAAGUGGGCCGAGGAUGUCCUCGUGGCCUCGAGGCAGACCGCCAAGGCCUCACAGCUGGACUUCCCCAUCAUCGCGGAUGAAACUCGGGAAAUCGCCAACUUGUUGGGCAUGAUGGAUCCUUUGGAGAUCGACGAUUUCAGCAAGCUUUCCAUGCCUGCCCGAGCACUCUUCCUCAUAGGCCCCGACAAGCGCCUUCGUCUCACGAUCCUUUAUCCGGCCACCACCGGUCGCAACUUUGGCGAGGUGCUGCGGGUCAUUGACUCUCUCUACCUCACAAGCUGCGCCCAGGUCGGUACUCCGGCAAACUGGCAUCGAGGCGACGAUGUUCUCCUCGCCAUGAAUGCACCUGAGGGGCUUUUCAAUGUGGCCAAAGAGGAGCCAGUGAUUUCGGGCAAGCGCUAUAUGCGCCACUUACCACCACCGACAGUGAGACCCAAGCAGCGGAUCCCGGAUUUGGGCGAGGUUCCGCAAAGCGAUACCGCGUUCAAGAUCAAGCUGGGUGCCAUCUUUCCGAACUUUGACUGGCACGCCACUUCGAAGGGCAUCAGCCGCUUCCACCAACUCUUGGAUCGGAUGAAGGGUGCCCUGACGCUCUUUAUCUGUUGGCCACGCAACUUCGACGCAGUGGCUACAACGGAGUUGAUGUGCUGCAUGCAGAUGGGAGCUGAUCUCAAGAAGCGGGGUGUCGCUCUGGUUGGGAUGACCUGCGACACAGUGGAGGACCAGAAGAGCUGGGUGGAUGACUGCCUCGUUCUGGCGGGCCUUGGAGGUAGCACCGAGUACCCGACGAUGAUUCCGGACAAGUCGCAUCACAUUGCCCACGAGCUUGGCCUGCUUCCUCGUGGGAAUAGGGACAAGGACACUUCGCCGGCACGGGUGAUGUUCGUGCUUGACCAGCAGAAGAAGGUACGACUGAGCCGCUCGAUCCGAAGCCCAUCGAGGGCUGUUUGA